AUGGCCCUCCUUUGCCACCGCCAUUCCUCCACCCUCCACCGCCCUCGUACCCCUUUAAUAGCCCCUUUCUUACCCUCUAAACUCCACUCUAAACCUCUCUUAUUAUUCCUUAAUUGCUCUUCACAAUGAACCCUACCGAUGACAACUCUCCCAAGCCCUUGGAGGUUCUGCAGAUGAACCCGGUUCCGCCGUUCUUGUCCAAGACCUUCGACCUCGUCGAUGACCCCACUCUCGACCCCAUCAUUUCCUGGGCCUCCUCCGGCUUUAGCUUCGUCGUCUGGGACCCUCUGGAGUUCGCCAGAGUCGUCUUGCCGCGACAUUUCAAGCACAAUAACUUCUCCAGUUUCGUUCGCCAGCUUAAUACUUAUGGAUUCCGCAAGAUUGACACAGACAAGUGGGAGUUUUUCAAUGAAGCAUUCCAGCGAUCGAAGAAGCACUUGCUGAAGAACAUACAAAGACGUAGAUCACCACAAUCCCAGCAGGUUGGUAGCUAUAUUGGAAUUGGAUCUCCUACCACUGAGGCAGGGAGAUCCGAGGUUGAGGUUGAGAUAGAAAAGCUUAGGAAAGAAAGGACUAUCUUGAUGGAAGAGGUGGUUGAUUUGCAGCAAGAGCAACGAAGAACUGCUAACCGUGCAGGAGAAGUGAAUCAAAGGCUGCAAUCUGCAGAACAAAGGCAGAAAAAAAUGGUUUCUUUCCUGGCCAAGUUGAUCCAAAACCCAGCCUUUUUAGCCCGCCUAAGGCAAAAGAAAGAACAAAGAGAAAUAGAUUCUCCAAGAGUGGUAAGGAAGUUUGUCAAGCAGCACCAACAUGAAACUGGAACAGCAGAAACUCUCCAAGAAGGACAGAUAGUGAGGUACCAACCUGAUUGGACAAAUAUAGGCAUGUCUUCUGAAUCUCCAAAACUAAGUCCAGUUUCCAUUGAACAGUCUCCUCACUACCUUUCACAGGGUUUGGCGGGAGAAAUGAUUGGAGGUGCACAAGAUCUCACUGUUCAAAUUCAGAAUAUUGUAACAGAUGAUUUGGCUUCAGUGCACAGGAUCACAUCACCUCAAGAAACGAUGAUUGGAGAAGGAUCAUCUGAAGACCUCCUUUUCAAAGGGAAGAGUGUUAUGAGCCCUAGUCUAGAACUACCUCCAGAUUAUUUUACUUCCUUCCCAGAGGUUUUGACCCAGGAGAAAGGCUUUCAAGAUUUUUCUGCUCUUGGAGCUGAAGACAUUAUCAAGCUUGAAGAUAUAUGGGAUUCUGGCCUCAAUCUUAGUGGUGCUGGUUCAAGCUGUGGGAAUGAGCUGUGGGGAAAUCCUAUGAAUUAUGAACAUGUUCAAGAGUUUGGAAUAACAAGUGACAUGUCUGAGUCAGACAUCUGGGAUAUUGGCUCUGGAAGUUUGGGAAUUGAUAAGUGGCCAGGUGAUGAACCUUCUGUUGGUGAACUAGAUGAUCAAUCUGGUCAGCCAAAAGAAGAUAGGCCUCAGAAUCUUGAUCCAUAGGGCUUCAUCUGCACCUGCACUUGUUGCCCUUUGGGUGCUUGCUAUGUAAAUGGUUCCUAGGGGUCAUAUUUUUGAGUCAUUUGAUUUAUGAACUGAAUUCAUUAUCCUGCUUUUUAUUCCUUAUUUGCUUUCAAUUCUUUAUUCUUUUCACAUUAUUUCUCUAAUUGUCCAUAAUUUUCUAUGUAAAUUCUCAUUGUGUAAUCAUUGACAACUUCCAUAUUCAAGUAAAAUAUACUUUUUCUUUUCA